ACGAGGAAUUAUACAAAGGUUCGGAAUGAGAGCAGGGGUUUUAAGGCUGGGCAGAGGCUCUAAGCUCCGCCCCUUCGUUCCAGACCCUACCCACAGGUUCCCAGGUCCCUUGUUGAGAUCCCAGUGGGGCGGGAUCUCAGGAAUAGGAGGGUUACUGUCAUGUGACUCUCUCCGGCCUCAGCCGCCUCGGAAGCUGCUAGGCAGAAGUAGACGUUCAGAAGAGGGCUAGGCAGGGCGAACCCACAUCUGGGAGAGGCAAGGAGAGCGGAAGUGGCGUUGGUCUGGCCGGAGUUCUUUGGUGAAAUUGUUAGGUGUGGAAAGGGAGUGAUGUCUUCCAGACUCGGUGCUGUACCUACUUCGGGACCCACAACCUUUAAACAGCAGAGGAGCACGAGGAUCGUGGGAGCUAAGAAUAGCAGGACCCAGUGCUCCAUAAAGGAUAAUAGUUUCCAGUACACUAUUCCUCAUGAUGACUCCUUAAGUGGUUCAUCAUCUGCCUCUUCGUGUGAACCAGUGAGUGAUUUUCCAGCACCUUUUCAAAAAUCUACCUACUGGAUGAAGAUGAGAAGGAUCGAGCCAGUGGCUACUUCUCAUGUUGAAGGAUCAGGUGGAACAUCAACCAAGGGAGAAGGGAAACCCAGGCAGGAAGAAGAUGAAGACUAUCGAGAAUUUCCUCAGAAGAAACGUAAGCUUUAUGGAAAUGUUUACUUGCCAUCAUUGUGGGAAACAACUUUGUUCACUGGCAGGGAUGAAGUAUUACAUCAUGGCAAAUCAUAAUAAUUUGGUAAGAGU